GUGGGGGGAUGCGCACGGCUUUCACCGCCGAGUUAUUUCGGGGUGGGGGGCCCAGCUCGGAGCCUGGUCCCGUGCACUUCGGAGGGCAGGCGGAGCGCCCGCGCCAGGCCAGGCCGGCCCGGCCCGGUUCCUGAGUCAUCUUGUGAGCCGAGCCCCCUGGGCCCGGCUGCGGCUGCGGGGACGGAGUUUGAAAACCAGAUCUAUAAUGAUACAUGGAGUUAUGAUUCUUCCUGUACUGAUGAUGAUGGCUUUUCCCUCACCCAGUUUCGAAGAUGAUGAGCUGAAGCUAAACAUGGUCCCCUACGAAUGUGUGUGUGAAGGCAUGUCCUGUGGGGCUGAAGAUCGCUGCCGGGGCCAGCAGUGCUUUUCCUCCCUCAGCAUAAAUGAUGGCUCUAAAGUAUACCAGAAAGGCUGUUUCCAAGUCUACGAACAAGGGAAAAUGACAUGCAAGACACCCCCAUCUUCUGACCAAGCUGUUGAGUGCUGUCAGGGAUACUUGUGUAACAUGAAUAUCACAGCACAGUUGCCUACUAAAGGGCAAACUCUUCAGGGAGAAGCUGUGGGUUACACUGUGGAAACACUAAUCCUUGUUAUACUGGCUCCAGUACUAGUGCUGAUAAUCUUUUCUGUGGUAGCUGUGUUGAUCAUCAGAAAAAUCCAGAAACACCAUAUGGAAAGGCUCAAUUCCAGAGAUGCAGAGUAUGGCACAAUUGAAGGACUCAUUGCAUCAAAUGUUGGAGACAGUACAUUGGCAGACUUACUGGACCAUUCCUGUACAUCUGGCAGUGGCUCUGGUCUUCCUUUCCUGGUGCAAAGAACAGUGGCUCGUCAGAUUACACUUGUAGAAUGUGUAGGAAAAGGCCGAUAUGGAGAGGUCUGGAGAGGGCAGUGGCAAGGAGAAAAUGUUGCAGUGAAGAUCUUUUCUUCCCGAGAUGAAAAAUCCUGGUUCCGGGAAACUGAACUGUACAACACUGUAUUACUGCGGCAUGAAAAUAUUUUAGGUUUUAUUGCUUCAGAUAUGACCUCCAGAAACUCCAGCACCCAGUUGUGGUUAAUUACACACUAUCACGAAAUGGGGUCUUUGUACGACUAUCUACAGCUUACAACGCUUGAUACUGUCAGCUGCCUACGAAUAGUUCUGUCCAUAGCCAGUGGUCUUGCACAUUUGCACAUAGAGAUAUUUGGGACACAAGGGAAGCCUGCUAUUUCCCAUCGGGACUUGAAGAGCAAAAACAUCCUUGUUAAGAAAAAUGGACAAUGCUGCAUAGCAGAUUUAGCAACUUUGGAGCUGACACAGCUAUUCUUUGCACAGCUGCACCUAGUUGAUUGCUUGUUUUCAGGUCUUGCAGUUAUGCACUCCCAAAGCACUAAUCAGUUGGAUGUGGGGAACAACCCUCGUGUGGGUACCAAGCGUUAUAUGGCUCCAGAAGUGUUGGACGAAACCAUCCAAGCAGACUGUUUUGAUUCUUAUAAAAGGGUUGACAUCUGGGCUUUCGGACUGGUUCUCUGGGAAGUUGCCAGACGUAUGCUUAGCAAUGGUAUUGUAGAAGACUAUAAACCACCAUUCUAUGAUUUGGUUCCUAAUGACCCAAGUUUUGAAGAUAUGAGAAAAGUGGUCUGCGUAGAUCAGCAAAGGCCAAACAUUCCCAACAGAUGGUUCUCAGACCCAACAUUAACAUCUCUUGCCAAACUGAUGAAAGAAUGCUGGUAUCAAAACCCAUCAGCAAGACUAACAGCCCUGCGAAUCAAAAAGACUUUGACCAAAAUUGAUAAUUCCUUAGAUAAGCUGAAAGCUGACUGUUGACACUUUUUUUUUUCAUGGAGCAAUCCUGAUGGAAGGCUUUUGUCUGGCUCAGAAGUAUUCUGGCCUGACAAGUUUUAGAAUGGGUCCCAAAUGGCUUCUUUAUAGUGGCAGAAGUUCUUACCUAGCCAUCUGUUUGGGAGGCAGUGGAACCAUAAGAACUUUUGUUCAUUGACUUUAAUGGGCAUUUCACGAAUGGUCAAGCUAUACAGACUCAUGGUGGAAGUACUGUUUCAAAGGUAGUGGCCUGAAGGAAGACAGAGAAAUUCUAAGACAAGAUCAGGGCAUUAAACAAUGGUUUUAAUAGA